AUGAGGAUCUUUAAUAAAAACCUUCGCCUUCAGGACGUCACCAUCAUGUACUUCACUGCCCUGGCUACCCUAAUGGUCAUCCUGGUGUCUUCGUACCAGUCGCCUUCCGCUGCUGUUGAAGUGUCCAGCUUUAUUUCAAACCCCUCCAGCCCUCUCCCACCUCUCCCCAUGCCCUUCCGUGUGCCACUUGACCCACGUGGGGAGCUCCAACUGGCCUGGAACAUCAGCUACGCCAACCAGGAGGUGUACAUGGAGCUGAGGAUCGCAAACCUUAGGCAUGGUGUGGUCCUGGGGAUGUCUGACCGUGGGGAGCUAACCAACGCUGACCUGGUGGUGCUGUGGGACUCUGGAACCACAAGCUACUUUGGGGAUGCAUGGAGUGACAGUGAGGGUAGAGUGUCAUCGGACAGCCAAGACAACCAAGACUACGAGCUCAUCAGAGCCACAAAUAAGCCUGAUGGGUUCUACCUGCUUUUCAAGAGACCAUUCAGUACCUGUGAUCCCAGAGACUACGUCAUAGAGGAUGGAACUGUGCACAUCAUCUAUGGAUUCUUGGAUCAACCGCUCGCCUCGUUAGAGCAGCUCAACCUGUCUCGGAUCCACACAGGAGUGCAGAGGGUGCUGAUGCUGCGCCCCGACACUCCUUCGCCAACCCUGCCUCCGGAUGUGCAGUUGCUGGAUGUUGUGGCGCCAAAUGUCAUCAUCCCAAACCAAGAGACCACCUACUGGUGCUUCAUCCAGAAGCUGCCGGAAAACAUGCCGAAGAAUCACAUUGUUAUGUAUGAGUCAGUGAUAACUCCAGGUAACGAGGCCAUCGUGCACCACAUAGAAGUGUUUGAAUGCUCUCCGGAAGUCCGAAAUGUUCCCGAGUACAGCGGCUCCUGUGAUGACAAGAUGAAACCGGGCAAGCUUGACUCCUGUCGCCAUGUCCUAGCUGCGUGGGCUAUGGGUGCUGAGGCUUUUUACUAUCCUCCUCAUGCAGGCAUGCCGAUGGGUGGAACAGGUUCCUCAAGGUUCCUUCGUCUGGAAGUCCAUUACCACAACCCUCUCCUUAUAUCUGGCCGGCAUGACUCAUCGGGGAUACGGUUGCACUACACCCCCAAUCUGAGGCGCUACGAUGCCGGGAUCAUGGAGCUGGGCCUGGUCUACACCCCUAUCAUGGCUAUCCCACCCAAACAACACACCUUCUACCUCAACGGCUACUGCUCCUCCAAGUGUACCCAGACUGCUUUGCCUCCAGGAGGGAUCUAUAUCUUUGCGUCCCAGCUGCACACCCACCUGGCGGGGCGCGGGGUAAAGACAGUGCUGGUGAGGGGAGGCAAAGAGCUGGAGGUGGUACAGGAGGACCAGCACUUCAGCACACACUACCAGACUAUCCGCGUUCUGAGGAAAAUGGUGAAUGUUUUACCUGGGGACGUCCUUAUAACAAAGUGUACUUAUAACACAGAAGACAGGACCAAGCCCACUGUGGGAGGUUUUAGCAUCACGGAUGAGAUGUGUGUUAAUUACGUUCACUACUACCCUCGGACUCAGCUGGAGCUCUGUAAGAGCCAUGUCGACCCCGGAUACCUGCAGAAAUAUUUCAGCUUCAUUAACAGGUUCCAAGGAAAUGACCAGUGUGUGUGUGGUGAGGUUAAUGUAACUGAGCAGUACUCCCAGCUACAGUGGGACCCAUUCACUGGAGAGGUGCUGGACUCCCUUUAUAAUACAGCCCCCUACUCCAUGCACUGCAACCAGUCGACUGCAAGCCUCUUUCCUGGAGAGUGGGACAAACAGCCUGUACCUAAGGUGACGACCGUCCUCGAAAAACCUCAUUACCCCUGCGAGGGAAGAGCGGGUCCCACCAGCCGGCCUGUUGAGCCCUCAGUCUGAGCCGGGGAGGACUGAAAAACUGCAUGCAUAGUGCAGCCCAGAGAGAAGGCACCUAACCUGGGGAAUACUGAAGCAGCUCCUGUGAUUUGGCAGAAUUAGCUCUGCUCUUAUCUGUGUGUUUGGGGAUUGAUGAUGUUCUCUGCUGGGCUUUCUGCCACCUGCUACAGUACAUGUAUAUUCUUAUGCAAAUGCCCAUUGUCUGUGUUAUUAGUACACACAAGUUAGUAACAGUCCUAUGAAUAUGUCAUGAAAGUAAAAUUGAAUUAAUAGGAAAAAAAUAUGUAUAACACACUGUUAUUUGGUGGAUGUUUUUAGUGUUUAAUAAACAGUUCCAUUAUGAAUAACUCAUUCAUAGGCAAAACAAGUUUUAUAGCUUACCACUUUGAUUUUCAGUGUCUCCUUUGCUUCGUGUUCCCGUGUGUGUUUGCUUCAUUUAUUUGUGCGUUCAAUUGAAAAAAAAAAAAAAAAAAGUCACAAUAAUGUCGACAGUUAAAAGAAAAUUUAUUAGUACACAAAUUGCUUUGGACAGAAUAAAUGAGCCUGACAUCUCAGUUUACAAUUUGACUGGUCAUCAUAUCCUUUCACUGUAUAUACGUAGUAAUAAAUGCAUUGUCCAAAGAA